AGGUAAUACUUUGUCGCGGGUGUACAUUUACCCUCUACACCGCUGGUGACGCCCACACGGCAAGUGGCGGUUGUGAAGUGUGAAGGUGGACAGUGCGAUGGCAACCUCUCAGAAGCUGACGGACCAUUUCUUGUCCUGUACAAUAUGUACAGAGGUGUUUGACAAGCCAUGUACACUUGUGUGUAAUCACACCUUCUGUCGGAAAUGUAUCGUCAACUACACCAAAACCAGACCAGAAGCCAUCAGUGCUAAGUCCCUCCUGUGUCCAUUCUGCAGAAAGAUGACGAAAGUGUCUGCCCCUGAGAGACCAGUGGAGGAGUGGGCGGAUGACGUCAAACCUAUCUUUCUCAUCCAGGGACUCUUGGACUCGUUUGGCCCUGGAUCCAAAGAUACGACCAAUUGUACCUACUGCCAAGAAUAUGGGGAGACAACUGUGGCUGUUGCUUGGUGCUCCGUCUGUGAUGAUGCACUCUGUGAGAAAUGUACUGGAGCUCACAACCGCAUCCCAUCAUUUCGUCACCAUGACGUCACUGACCUGUCUGGAGAGGUCAAGGUCAAGGGAAAGCGAAAGGCCAUGUGCAAGGAGCACAAACAGGAGUCGCUAGAAUUUCUGUGUCAGGACUGCAAGAAGGCCGUGUGUCAGAAAUGUUGCAUACUUUACCACAGGAAAUGUGAUGCCGUUGUCACGAUCCCCUCACAGAUGGUGACAAUGAAAACAGAGCUGACAGAAAUGAAGAAGUCAUUAACAAAGAAGGAAGGUGAGACAAAACUUCGUGUGAAGGAACAAAAGUUGCAGGAGCAGAGAGAGAGAGAUCAUUAUUCACUGAUGAAGUCACACAUUCAUUCCGCAUGCCAGAAAGUUAUAGAUCGGGCCAAGAAAAAAGAAAGGAAGCUACUCGAUCGGAUGGAAAAUAUUUCACAUAAACACAUCGGACAAUUGAAAGCAGACAUAAAGACAGGUGAGAUGUCGGUACUGAUGUACCAACAUCAGACGGAGCUGAUAGACCAGGCUCUACAAUCUGAGUGUGACAUGGAUGUGUAUGAGAUGUAUCAGGGAUGUGAGGCCGGUGAUGUGGAGGCUGUCGGAGACACUGACCUGAAGGAGAGAGGAAGAAUAGCCAGUGUCACAUUCAGACAAGACAAGCUGAGUAAAGCACUGGACGAUCUACAGCUGGGUGAGAUAGAGGUCCUGUAUGAGAGUGUGCUGGACCUGAAGGCUACUCCUGUGUUACGAGACACCAUUGAAAUCACAGUAGAAGACGAUAGGAGUAACCCAAACCCCAUAAACGUGACAGUGCUGGUGGUGAAUGACACAGACACCGUUGUAGUCACAGAUUACAGAAACACCAGUGUGAAGGCCUUCUACGUCAAGAACAACCAGACACAGCACAGUAAACUCAGUCUGAGUGGUGACCCAUGGAGUCUGACCAAGUUGACACACGAUCAGGUAGCUGUCACUGUGCCAGCAACCAAACAGAUUGUAACAAUAAAAGUCAAACCAGACCUGGAGUUACUGACAACCAUGAGGACCAGCAGACAGUAUUGGGGUAUAACGUCCCUGACACCAUCAACACUAGCAGCUAGUUCCCACUCUCCUCCCUGUGUUGACAUCCUGGAUAUGACAGGAAACGUGUUGAGGUCUAUCAGUCCACGCCACAAAGGUAACAACAUCUUACAGUGUCCCGACUUCCUCAGUACGACGAGGACAGGUAACAUCCUGGUGUCUGACUAUGGAACCAAGUGUGUCGUGUGUCUGACCCCCGAGGGAGAUGUGGUGUUCAGCUACAGACCUACAGGAGACACAGCACUGGAGUGUCCUCAUGGUAUCACAAGUACCGACACAGGCGACAUCCUGGUUACAGACCACAGUCUAUACAGAGUCAUCCAUCUGACUGAGUCAGGACAGUUUGUAAGAAACAUACUGACGGAAGAGAGCGGUAUUAACCAUCCUGUGGAUGUCUGUGUAGACCCAUAUGGUUACAUGUAUGUUUGUCUCAGCACUGAAGGAGUUAUUAAGGUGUUCACAUGACUUGCAUGUCUGACGUGACGUAGGAGUAUUCACACUCUCAGCUUCCUCAUGUCAUCAGGGAAGGAUCUUUAAAAGCCGAGGCAGUAUGAUGUGGAGCAUAGACAAGAAAUCUUAAAGGUUAUAUUUUGAAUACCUCAGGUAUAUGUAUGUCUCCAAUACAUGAGAUAUCAUCACUUAAUUGAAUAACCAAUAUGUGUGACACAUGUUUCACAGCCAUUAGAUAAACAGAAUAUUAUGUCUUGCAGCACACGAUAGAUCAAUGUACUAUAGCACUAUCAACAAAGUGAAACCGGUUGGCUCAAACAUCUUUCAUGUAUAUAUUCUCCUUGUUGAUAAUGUUGUUUAUCACUUGCUUGAUAACGGUGUCAGCAUCUACACCAAAACGUGGCAACCAUUACAACAAACAAGUAGUCUUUCUUUAAACAAUCGCCCUUUUCAUCAUUCCAAUUUCUAUAUGCCACUUAAGGAAAUCAAUAAAAUCAAUUUAAAAUAA